GCCGGAAGGGGCCUGGGACCACGAACCGGGCCCGCUGUCGCUUUAGGGGAGAGACGCUGCGAGCUGGCGCGUGGGGGAAGUUUUGAAUUUUGCUGAACUUGAUGUUUUGCAAGGGCACCAUAUACCACUGGGCAACAUUACCUCGGAGUUAACAAAGUUCUUUGCCAGUGAUUCAUCUUGUGUGUGGGUUUCCCAAAUUGACAUACCCAAUCAUUCACUCUUGGCUGGAGAGAACUGCAAAGAAAACUACAUUCAAGGAACUUAAAGUUCAUGAUGGAGAGUUUGCAUCAGAUUUAAGGCCAGAAGGGAACAUGGUGAUCAUCUAGUCUGAACACCUUUAUAACACAGAUCAAAGGACUUCCUUGAAUUAAUUCAUGCUCCAAGUCCAAUAACUGUGGUUGAACUAGAAAAUAUCUUUUAUGGUAACAUACAAUCUAUAUUUUAAAAUGAUCAGUGAUGGAGAAUGCACCACAACCCUUGGAACUAGUUGAAUGGGACUUCAAAUACUGGUUGAUAAAAUAGACACAAAAUGGCAUAUAGAAGAGAUGAAAUGUGGUCUGAAGGACGAUAUGAGUAUGAAAGACUUCCAAGAGAACGACUCCCACCAAGAAUUCAUUCUGAUGAGUCAGCAAAAUUUCUCCAUUUUCAACAAACUGGAAACCAGAUAAGUUUGAACAGGGAUGACUAUCAUAGAGUAGUUAAUGUUGCACCCAAGAAACCACCACUACUAGAUAGACCUGCAGAAGGAAGUUACAGUAGAUAUGAUGAUUAUAGUCAUGUUGACUACAGAGAUUAUGAGGAGGGCCGCAGUUUUGCCCAUGAACGAAGAAGUGGCCCACCACAUAGAGGGGAGGACCCAGGAUACAGAUGGCCAAGGGAAGACUAUUCCAUAAGUCGACAGCCUGAGUACAGGGACAUCAGAGAUGGCUUAAGAAGAAAAAGCUUCUAUCCUUCUCAUUAUUUGAGAGAGAGAUCCCCUCAUAAGAGGGACUCUCCUUUCUUCAGGGAAUCGCCUGUGAGCCGAAGGGAUUCUCCACACAGCAGAUCCGGCUCCAGUGUCAGCAGUAGGAGCUACUCCCCUGAAAGAAGCAAAGCCUAUUCUUUCCACCAGUCCCAGCAUAGCAGAAGUAUGUCAUCUUUACAUAAAAGAAAUAUUUCUCAGCAAGGUAAAGAGAGACCUUCUGCUCAGUCACUGAAAACGUCAAGAGAUACAUCCCCAUCAGGUUCUACAGCAGUACCCUCUUCAAAGGUCUUGGAUAAAACCAGCAGGCUGUCUGAAAAGGAACUUGCAGAAGCUGCAAGUAAAUGGGCAGCUGAAAAAUCAGAGAAGGCUGAUGAAAGCAGUUUACCUGAAAUUACUGAAUAUGAUGCGGAGUCCUCAGCUCCAUUAUAUGUUGAACGGACAGAAGAAACAGAGACAAAUAUAACAGAUAGUACAGAAUUAUAUGAAGACAACCAGCUUCUAGGCCGCUCAAAAGCAAUUGCAACAAAAACCAAAGAGAUUGAACAGGUUUACAGACAAGACUGUGAAACCUUUGGCAUGGUGGUGAAGAUGCUGAUUGAUAAAGAUCCUUCAUUAGAAAAGUCCAUUCAGUUUGCCUUGAGACAAAAUUUGCAUGAGAUAGGUGAGCGAUGCAUUGAAGAACUUAAACAUUUCAUUGCUGAAUAUGAUGCUGCCAAUCAAGAGUUAGCAGAGUCCUUUAAAGAGGGUGCAUAUUAAGAACAAAAAAUAUGCUUUUAGACUUUCCAUAUUGUAUAUGCCGUUAAUAUAUAAAUAUGCUUUUUGUGGAGAAGGGGAAUACUUGCUGGAGAUUUGAACCCAACGCUCAUGUUCCUUCAUAGUAGAUGACUAUAGAUUGUUCAUUGCCCAGGUCAUUUAACUGUGUUCUUCUAAUGUGUAUUUGUUUUGUGACAUUUAUUCCUUUGAAAAGGAUACAUGUUUCAAUAAUGAUGUAAAGUGACAAACUAUUUUUGAAAGCCUUUACACAAUUACCUAGAAAAAAAGAUUUGUUCCACGUAUGUGUACUUUUGUUUCAAUGUUUAGAAGUGUAAGUAAGCAGUGUAUUUUUAUUAAAAUAACAAAAAGCAGUUCUUCAUUCCUCAGCUUAUAUUCAAAAACAUGGAUGUUCUCUUGUUUAUACAUGCUAUAGAAAAACUUCCAAGGUUGUUCAUGACCAUACUUUACUUUUAUCAUUUAUUUUUGGCAUGUGGUUUUGAAGUUCAGGUCCAUUCUGAAAAAUGACAUCUGAGGAUUCCUUGUUUGACUCAGUGACUGCCAGAACAAUUUGCUCACUUGGGAAAGGAAGUGAUGUCUUUUCUAAUUUUAGCCCUUCAGAAUCUACUUAAUAUCCUAAAGACAAGCUGGGUUGUUUUCGUCUCAUGUAUCAUCAGUAUAAAACUGGUUAGGUAGGUGAAUUUGGCUUUCAGUUACAUCUGUGCAGCUGAGGGCAGAAUUUUCCCUGUGGUUCAAAUUAGUUAACAGUUCUGUUUGAUACUUAGAGCAAUACAGGGCUAACUAUAAUUGUAACAGAAGAAAACCAGAUCCACUGGGCAACAGAGUGCUAAAUAAAAAAUAAAAAAUUCUGAAACAUGAUUAAGAUCAGUUUGUGGUACCUUGUUACAAUUAAGAGGCUGCAUCUUCAUUUUUAAAAAGAGAUAGGCAUAUUAGAAACAUUCCACCUUAGACAGUUACAAAAUUUGUAAGACAUAUUACACAAAGGUUAGAUACAAGGAGCUUAGCUCUGCAUCUACUAUCUGUAUUAUAUAACAUGUUUGAAACAAAAUGAAAAGAGCUAAUGACUCUAAAACAGACCACUUCUAUGACAUGUAGGCUGCUUCACCUAACAGAAAUACUGUGAGCCCCAUUCUGCAGUCAGUCAUGUGUAGUAUCAUUAACUUUAUUGGGACUACUUACAGGGGAGUAAACUAAUGCAUGGUAAUCAUUUUGUAUGUAGAAGUUGGUGUGUACUCAUACCCACCAUUACCAUUCUCCACAAUGGAUUUCACCUUUCUGAUACAGGAAUUCAAUAAACAUGUCUACAUCAGACUCCUGCUAUGGGUCUGGUUUGUUUUAGUGUCAGUGCCUUUGCUUUAGACUGACUCUUCUGUGAUAACAAAUUUAUCUAACGCGCUUCACUAUUCAUACAAAAACUGAAACUUUUUGAGAAAUGGCUGAAUUUUCCUCACUAAUUAUGUUUUAAGCAUUUGAAAAAUUCUGUCAUUAUUAGCUAUGAGUACUUUCGUAGCAACAUCAGUGUUAAACAUACGUUUGUACUCAUGGUUAGAACUCUUAAGGUUAUAAGCACUGAAAAAAAAUUAGGAAUAUUUGUUUAAUAAUAAUACGUUAUGCCUACUGUUCUUGUCAAGAAUGCCUGUUAUUACUGUACUUUAAUUUCAGUAUUCUUCAUGAAGGAAUAUUUUCCUAAUGCUUAAUUUGCAAAAAAAAAGUCUAUAAAAUUAGAGAAUAUUGU